AUAUCUAGUUGUAUGUGAGAAAAUUCAGAGUUCCUUACACCGUGCCAGAAAUGGGAAGGAGUCAUCGAAAAAUGUUCGGAUGUCUCUUCAUGUUCUACAACAUGCUGCCACUGACAAGGAGAACCUUGUGGGACCAGGUAGAAUUGCUAUUGGAGGUGAUAAAAAUAAAAGUACAAUUGAAAAUGAGAAGAAAAUGAAUGAAAAUCAGACCAAAGUCUCCUUCAAAAAGAAGAAGACUACUAAAGUGUCUUCUGGUGAGAACUGCAAGAAAGCUGUUACUGCCAGUGAUUUGACAAGUGAAGCCCUGAACGAGAACCAAACUCUUUAUGAAAAAAUAGAAUUAUUGGAGCAGGAAAAUGAGAAGGCAAAGGAAAUGCUAAAUGAAGCAAGAUGUUUGAUUGAAGUUUUAAAUGAAAUCAUAGACAAGAAUGAUAGUGCCAUUGGUGAUGAUGCUGAGAACAACGACAGUGUCAUUGAAAAUGUUGCAGGAAACGACAGUGUCACUGAAGAUGCUAAUGAGAACAACGACAGUGUCACUGAAGAUGCUAAUGAGAACAAUGACAGUGUCAUUGAAGAUGGAGAGGGGACCGAUGACAGUGUCAUUUAAGACCGGGGAAAAAUAUUAUAAUACACUUUUAAGCUUUUUUAUAUGAAAUGUUUAACUACUUUGAAUAUUGUAGAAAAAAUGUUUUGAAGCUGACUGAUUUCAUUAAUUUGAAACUUGAUAAUAAAACAGUUUAUAAGUAGAAAAUUGAAUGAGUUUGAGUGAAUUGUGUGAUUGAAUGAGUUUGAGUGUACAGUUUUAAAUUGCAAGUGUUUAUUUCAGUUUUAACUUGGAAUGUGGAAUUUGUAACAGCGUCUGUGUUCUUAAAUGCACUCCUAAGUCUUUUUGGUAACAGUGACACUGCAUGACUUUGAUGCCCAGAAAAAAGGCCCCUUCUGUCACGAUGUCCCCCGAAAGAUAUCCCUUGAAAUGCUUUAAUGAAAUCACACAUUUCAUAAAAUAGGCAUGCGUAUGAGUUUUGUACCAUCAGCUUACUUUCUACUUUCUCAUAUAUGUACGUAUAUACAAUGAAAUAUACAUAGUAUAGGGAAAGUUAAGUAAAAUCAAUUUUUGAGAUUUCAAUGGAAAUACAAGUUUUGGGGUCCCC